AUGUCUACAGAUACAGAGAAAGAGACAGGUAUUUAUUCAUUAAAUCCAAAACAAGAGCAUUAUUUGAAACGAGAAAUAUUGAAGUUUCAACUUGAAUAUGAAUUUAAUCAAUUGAAUGAAAAAGAGGCGCUAAGAACUUUUGGGUAUCCAUUUUCUACCACAGAUCCUAAAGAUUUUACUAAAAAUGGAUCUAAGGCUGCUAAAACUCCUAAAAAUGAUGAAUUGGGAAAUUUAGAUAUUUCUACAGUGACUGAUUUCCCGAUGUUAAGUUGUUUGUUAAGAGAAUUUGUUAUGACUUUUCCUUUAUUUGCCAAAAAUGUAUCUAUUGAUGAGGCAUUUUGGCAAACAAAAGUUCAAGUAUUUUUUGAACAUUUUACAGAUCUUGGUUUUAGUGAUAGUUUUGAUCUUGAGCAAGAUACUAAAAGGAAGAAAUUAGGUCAAAAAUUUACAAAAUUGAUUUUGUUAUUAUUUAAUUCUGGGGUUGCUACUAAAAAUGAAAAAACAUAUUAUGAAGUGGAUAAGAAGUUCAGUUUAAAUAAAGAUAGUAGGAAAAGAUCCAAGAUUGAAGAAUUUUCAAUACCGACAAGGGAAAGUAUACAAAAUCUAAUUACCAAUGAACCUGUUUACAUCAAUAAUUGGGAUAUUAAUGUGAUAGCAAUCAUACAUGAAUCAACUUUACAGAAAAUUUCACCCUUGAUAAAUAUAUCUACACCUCCAUCAAGUUCGACAAGUUCGCUAUAUUCCGUGAAUCCAUUAAAAUCUACAUCUCGUUGGAUGAAGGAUACGUUUGCUGUACAAUCAUCAACUUCAUCAUUAUUCUCUAAGCUUUCCCUUAGUGGGAGUACAAACUAUAUGACUGCAGCACCAGUAUCGUCUUCAGUAUCUGUUGGGGACUUGACAGCAUCCAAGAAGAAAGCAGGUAAGAAACAUUUUAUACUUAAAAUAAGAAUGCCUGACUCUUUGGAGGAAGUGUUUGUGGUUAAGUCAUAUAGUAGUUUCAAGAAAUUGGCUGCAGAUUUAGUACUCCAAUUUCCUGGUAAAAAAUUACCACAUAUUCCUCAUAAAAUUAAGAAAAGAUCUCAACUGCAUAAAGUAAGAAGUACAUCUAGUAUCAAUUCUAAGAAAAGUACUAUAUCAAGCUCCAAAAGUGAAUCUUCUUUCCAAAUAACACAGUCUAUAGAUGAAUCAUUUGCAGAAGAGAAUAAUAUCAUAGAUCAAGGCAAGGAAGACAAUAUUGUUGAAGAUGAAGAUGAAGACAUUAGAGAAGAAGAGUUUGGGUACAAUGAAUUAAUGGAUGAUAAAUUACGUACCUCUUUGAGACAGUAUCUUAGAACUUUAUGUGAUGAUGAAGAGGUUGCACUUUCAUCUACAUUAAUUAAAUUUUUCAACUCAGAUAAGAUACCUACAAUAAAUGAUCUUCAAAAUUCUGAAAUUAGAAUAGAUAUCAAGAGGAGAGAAAAUAUUGAUAUUUCGAAUUUAGAGACUCAAUUAAAUUUUCAAAAAUUGGCUCUUGAGCGAUCUCUUGUCCUUCAGGACUCAAUGAAGAAUUUUAAAACGAACUUAUUAAAGGAUGAUAAUUACUUGAUUGGAUUAGCACAUGAAAUAAAAGAAAAGACGAGCAUUAAUGAACUAUCUCCCAUAUUCCAGGAUUUUAUUGAAUGGUUUAAAAUAUAUUUUGCCUCUCUAAUUUUCCAAACUUUUAUUGGACAUGAUAAUAGUUAUGGGUUUUACACUCAAAUAAGGCGUUUGCAUAAGUUGAUGCCUUACACCAUGAUGGAACAGAUCGUAAGAUUUACUAACCCGAUGGCAAUGAUGAAAGGUUUUAUUGAUUUAUUUAUGGCCCAACCACCUCAAUUACUUGGUGGAGGUCAAUCUUUAUUACAGACAAUGUUUUCGACUAUUUUAACUGAUGAUUUGCGUAUAUAUAAGAAUCGUGUCAAAGAUCAAGAAAAUUUGAUAAUAAAGGAAUCUGUCGAUACUGUGGCUACCAAAUCUGUUAUUAAAUGUCUUAGAUCGUUCAUAUUAGAUAAAGAAGAAGGAAAGAAAAUGUUUACAAUGGAAGAUGUUCACCGGGAAGCUUCUACUAUGAACAUGCCUGCAGUCUUAAUAGUACUAAUGAAAUGUGAUGAUUUGAAUAUAAUUACUAAUAGUGCAGUUACUCAAGUGAUUGAAUCCUAUACAACAUGGAAGAUUAAUGCCAAUAAUGGUACGCCUAGUGUCUCUACUGAUAGUAAAUCACCCAGUCCACUAGCCAGUAAAGAGGAUGGAUCUUUAUAUUUCCAAAGAGUUAAAGUGUUGUUCAUUCUAUAUAUUAAAGAACAUGAUAAACGAUUAAUGAGGCAAUUAUGGCAAGAUUCGGAAUUAUUAGCUUUGUUAAAAGCUAUUGUGACAUUAGUAUAUGAACCAAUGGUUCGUUUAUUCAAAGUCGCAAAGAUGGAUGUUGCAUUAAGAAAUUUCGAGAGGUUUAUGACGGAUUUAAUUAAAUUACUUGAUAUGAUUAUUGACGGUAGUGCAGGAGCUUCUACUCAAUUCAAUGUGAUUGAUAGUAUCUAUAAUCUGAUUACAAAGCACCAGGACUCAUUUUUUGAAUUUUUACAUGAUAUUUAUAUUAAUGAUACUGAACAAAUAUUUGAAGGUUUUAUUCUUUGGUUUGGUAAAAUUAUAAAAUUUUUACAAACCAGUAAAUAUGGUUCUGAUGAACAACGUGUGGAUCUUAAUGCUUUACUCUUAGAAGUUAAAAAUGAUUUAGGGGUCGAUAUUGAUAUUGAAUUAUUAAAGAAUCAAAUCGAUGAAGUCAUUGCCAAAAAAUGUAAUGCUCGUAAGAUUUAUAAAGAGAUCAUUGAUCUAAGGACUCAACAGGAUUCCAAUAAUUUGUCAGGGAAUCAAAGGGGAGUAUCCAUAGAGACAAAUAUGAAGAAGAAAUGGUCUGAGAUCAAUGGUAAUAUCAUGCCUGAUAACACCAUGAAUGCAGGGUUAGGAGAUGGGGAUCUAGUUGAUUUGGAUAUAGAUACCAAGGAUUUAGAUUCCGAUGGAUUAGAUUUUUUGAAGGAUGCUUCUGGUACCGAUUUAGAGGCUAAAUAUCGUGCGAUCCUUGAGCAAGAGAUAGACGAGAGUGAAAUACAUAAGUUUACAGACAAAUUCAGUGCAGCUAUUCUGCAACGUACUCUUGGUGACGCAUGA